AUGGCCAGCCGUAGACAGCGGAGGAAGAUCGGCGAGAAGAAGAAGAGGAGAAAGACCAGAGCGGCUACGAUAAAGAAGAAGAUCGUCAACAAGUCCUCUGCGCCAGCGCCGCAAGGACGCAGAAACCGGCGGCAGGAGGGAACGGCGCCGGCCAAGGAGCAGCACGACAUGAAACCGACACUUCACUAUUCUAUAAUCGACUUGUGUACUGACGGCAUCCCUCGUUUUCUCCUAGACGCUGAGCGCCGCUGCCGUGAGAAGAGGACAUGCGACUUUUGCGGAGUAGGCAGAAUCCACGACAACGAUCACUUCUGCCCCUACAACUACAUCCACGGGCCUUUCAGCCUCACAACAUGCAGAGAGCGGUGCCCUCCGGGGAGGCACCCGCUCUUGCUGGCCUCCGCCUCCGGCUCAGCUGGGAGCCAACACCAGCUGCGCCGAGUCGUGCGCGUGACCAACGUGCCGCUGAGCAUGAUCCCCGGCGAGCAUGAGUUGCAUGGGCUCUUCAAGCGGUUCGGGCCGCUUGUCAUGUGCGACUUAACGAGCUCGAGGAGCCAUGACCCCGUGGGAUUCGGGUGGGUCGCGUUCGAGAGCCGUGAGCACGCGGAGGAGGCCAUCGGCAAGCUCAAGGGCCACCUCGUCGGUGACCUCAGGCUCCGAGUUGACUGGGUAUACCCACGCUGA